AUGAUCCACACUGGGCAGAGGCCCUACAAGUGUCUCGAGUGCGGGAAGAGGUUUCAGACCAGCUGCCAUCUCCUCCGGCACCAGCGGAUUCACAGAGAGGAGAGGCCCUUCCACUGCCCCGACUGCAGGAAGGGCUUCAAGCAAAACUCCCACCUCAUCAGCCACCGGCGCAUCCACACUGGGGAGAGGCCCUACGAGUGUCCCCGGUGUGGGAAGAGCUUCACCCAGAAGUCUCACCUGAGCCAACACCAACGGAGGCACCGGGAGAAAAAGCGACAGAGAUCCGACAGGAGGAAGGUCUCCAAACCCAUCCCAGGGAGCUCUGAGGAGGAAAGACCCACCGUGUGCCAGGAAAGUGGACAGAGCUUCAUCCAGAGCAACACCCCUGUCCAGCACCAGAUCAUCCACACCGGGGAGAGACCCUACAAGUGUCCCAAGUGUCAGAAGAGGUUUCAGAGAAGCUCCGGUCUCCUCAAGCACCAUCAGAUUCACACAGAGGAGAGGCCCUUCCGCUGCCCCGACUGCAGGAAGGGCUUCAAGCACAAGUCCACGCUCAUCACCCACCAGCGCAUCCACACUGGGGAGAGGCCCUACGAGUGUGGGGAAUGUGGGAUGAGCUUCAGCCAGAGAUCCCACCUGAUCUGCCACCAGAGGAUCCACACCAGGGAACGGCCCUAUGAGUGUGAGCAAUGUGGGAAGAGCUUCAGCCAGCGCUCCAGCCUGAUCCACCACCAGAACAUCCACGCUGAGGAAAGGCCAUACAAGUGUGGGGAAUGUGGGAAGGGCUUCAACCAGAGGUCGCACCUGGUCAUCCAUCAAAUGAUCCACACUGGGGAGAGGCCCUACGAGUGUCCUGAGUGUGGGAAGAGGUUUCGGACCAGCUCUAGUCUCCUCGUUCACGAGCGGAUUCACACAGAGGAGAGGCCCUUCCGCUGCCCCGACUGUGGGAAGGGCUUCAACCGCAACUCCAACCUCAUCAGGCACCGGCGAAUCCAUACUAGGGAGAGGCCCUACGAAGGUCCCCAGUGA